AUGCGCAAAGACCCUCUUGCCGCUAAGCCGCUUCUGGAUCGCGGAGGGCGGGCAGCACUCCAUCACGAGCAGUCCAGCAGCAAGCCGCUUGAUACACUUGCGCAAAUCAUCCACCUGGAACAACGUACCGAACUAGAGGUCAGAAUGAUGGAUGACUUCAACACCGAGACAGAUAGCGACUACACGAGUUACUGGAGAGACUGGUUCAUAUCCUCUAGAGGAAAUGAAUACUUUUGCGAGAUCGAUGAGGACUACCUCCUGGAUCGGUUCAAUUUGACAGGUCUAAAUGCAGACGUCCAGUAUUAUCAGUAUGCAUUAGACUUGGUUACGGAUGUUUUCGAUCUCGACUGUGACGACGACAUGCGGGAAGCAAUCGAGAAGUCGGCGAGGCAUCUAUAUGGUCUCGUUCACGCAAGGUACAUCGUCACAACAAGAGGCUUGCAGAAGAUGCUCGAAAAAUUCAAGAAAUGCGAGUUUGGCAAAUGCCCACGUGUUAUGUGUGGCGGUCAGGCUCUUCUCCCAAUGGGUCAACACGAUGUAUCCAAUAUAUCGGCGGUGAAACUCUACUGCGCACGCUGUGAGGACUUGUACAACCCAAAGUCAACGCGCCAUGCCAGCAUCGACGGGGCCUAUUUUGGGACCUCGUUCCACAACAUAUUGUUCCAGGUAUAUCCUAAUAUGAUUCCUCCGAAAAGCAUCAAGAGAUAUGAGCCUAAAGUGUUCGGAUUCAAAGUUCACGCUGCGAGUGCGUUGAUGCGGUGGCAAGACGUACGGAGAGAGAUGGCAAUCAAAGAGUUAAGGGCGAAUGGGAUUGAGACUGGGUUCGUGGAGGAUGAAGAGUUCAGUGACGAAAUCACAGACGAAGAGGAAGAAGAGGAGGAAGGACUCGAAGAUGGAGCUCCAGUCGGCAACCAGAUGCAGACAUGAAAAACCCUCGUUUUGCCGACAACCGCGCUUACUUCGUAGAAAAGCAGAACUUGCAGAUGCUAAACGCUAUCUACGGCCGGAACUACGAAGUUCCAAACUACAUAGAGCUCAUCUCGGAUCCUCGUCCUUUCAGGCAUACUACAUAUAACCCGUCAAACCUGGAAUUUGAGAGAGUACCUAUGGCGUGUAUGAUCAAAGAAAAACACACCAAACUCCAGAAUGGGCACUCAAAUCCGGAUUUUCAAGGGAUUUCAGAAGGUAAGUGUCUCAGAAAGGCGAUGCUAAGUGAUGGAAUUUGUUAAAAGAGCCAUCCCCGCUACGUGAUUACUUAGUCUCAUAGUCUUGGCACCGCCUUGGAACUGAGCGAAAAUACGAAAUUAUCAAUGCCAUCUCGAAAAUCGCUUUUCCGACUAUGCAGUCCAGCUAAUUAAUG